AUGAUGAAUCAGGACCAUUUACAAAUCGAUCGUAAUUGCCAUACGGAAGCUCUAAUUGAUCUUUCAAUCAAUAACAACCAAUCCAACUACAGACCGUUGGAAACAACGGAAAAUUGUGCUGAAAACUCUUUUCGAGAGUGUUUUGAUCAACAUCAACCAUUGAAGAAGAAUUCUUCUGUUGCUGAAAUUGUCUCACACAGUGUCCAUCCAUUGGUUUCAGAGUGGAGAAGUGGAUGGACCCUCUUGACAAAGCACAAGCUCAAUUCAAACACUCAUGAUUCGGACAUUAGAAAUGAAACACUACUCACGGAAGAGUUUAUGAAAUUCAGAAAAACGAAAGGAACCUCUCUCUCCGAAAAUGUAUUUAAAUUACUCCACUAUUUUAAUGUGGAACGAUGUGUGGAAUUGCAAAAUAAUUAUUUAUUGCCUUCAAGGCGAGAAGGUCAAAAUGGUGAUGAUGGCUUUGAUCGUCCAAACUUCAUGUUCGAUUUAUCCACUGAUUAUUUAAAUUGGAAUUGUGCAAUUUUCAAAUUGACGCACUCGGUGAAAGAUCUUGCGGAUGGAAGCAAUGAGUUCUUUAGUGUGGCCACUGAAUAUAUUCAACCCAUUGCAAUGAUUGUUCAUGAAAAUUGCUUUGAAUUGUCACAAGAAAUGCUAAACAGUGAGUGUGAAAAGAAUCGAGAAAUUCGAGAAGGCAUUCAACAAUUUAGAGAACAACAACAACAACGAAAAAACCAAUCCGAGCUCAACACCCAACAACAAGAUGUAUCAUCCAAUCAUCAUCAUCAUGCUCAGCAACGACAUGUUCAACAGCAAAAUGACAGAAUUGGAUUAAAAAGAUGGAACCAGUCAACAUUCUUUGAACGAUUUAAGGAUGAUUAUGCCAAUUUCAUGUGUGUUGGAUAUCCAAAAGAGAUUGUUUACAAAAUUCUUAAAAUGGUGCUCGAAGAACACUUUUCUGGAAAUUCAUUGGUUGCUUUUUCAUUACUCAUUCCUCUUCUGGAGAGAGGUCUGCAAGACUCUAUAUACAUUGACUUGCUUUACAAAAACGACAAGCAAAGAAUUCAACAAUUUGAGGACUAUCAAAAAUUACCAAAAUUUAGUGAAUUAUUGGUCAUGCAAGAAUUGAAGGACAUUUAUGGGGAGAAUGUCGCACUCUUGCUGAGAUGCUUGGUUGGACCUUUGAAUUCGAUCAAUUUGAGAAAUGUUGCUCUCCAUGGAUUCAUUUCUCCUCGAGAAUUUCAAGAUUGUUAUUUGAGUUUAAUUUUACUAAUUAUUCCUUCUAUUGCAGAAAAAUCCUUGAAACAUGUGGAGAAUACGAUUGGAUUGAAUCAAGCCUCUCUGAAACGACCAAUCAUUGAUUUGAAACAUUGCAAACCUUUACAAAAUAUUUUCCAAGUGAACCAGAUACAGGAAGACAGUUUUAUUACCACCGCCUACCAAGUGGAUCGUGAAGAGCUUUUUCAAUUAUUGGAAAAUUCAUUAUUUGUAGUGGAUGAAUGGAUACCUCUUUGGAAAAAGGCAUUCAGGGAGUAUUUUGAAAAUCAGAAUUAUUACAAAACAAUUUCCAUCCUUUUUCCAUUAUUUGAACACUCGAUAAGACGAAUUUUCGUGUGUGUGAACAAGUGUGAAAAUAGAUUAUUAACUGCUGAAAAGAAUAGUUUGUAUACCACUCUCGAUAUUCUGUUUACCACAAAACCCAUCCCUUCCUAUGGAAUUGAGAGGAAUGCAAUUUUUGACAUUAUUGACAACAAAUUAUUGAAUCCAAUUUUCGAUUUACUGAUAUGGGUGGAAAGUCCACGAAUUCGAGAUUUGAUCUCACACGGAAAUAUUCAUAUCGAUACCAUUCCUCAUGCAUUGAUGGAUGAAAUUAUCAAACUCAUGCUCGCUCUUUUAGCAGCCUUCGAUCUAAGACAAUGUAACGAUAACUAUUAUUCCACACAUCUUCCAGAAUUUAUUCAACGUGCUGUAAAUUAUUUUGAUCAUGUAUACGACUCUCCUUUUCAUUGCAAGAAUAUUUUGGAUCGUCAAUUGAGACGAACCUUUGAAUGUUUAGAACAAAUGGAAGAAAUUAAAUCAUUGAUUAAGGAUCAAGUGAUUCAUUCACCAUUAUUUGAACAAGUUCGACAGGAGAUGACUUGCAACGAUCCACAACAUGAACUCUUAUUGCAUUUGAUAGAAGUGAUGAAUAUUGAACUUGAUGCUCUUAUUACCUUUACACAAGAGUAUUACAAUCUUUCUCAUAUUGACGAAAAUGGUUGUAUGGGAUACAUGAGAAAACAAUACCUCAUUCCAACCACUCAUCCAGUCACUCUCUCCGAUAAAGAGGUGAAAAAGAUCAAUCAAUUACGAAGUAUUGCCAUUUCACUCGAAGGAAUGAUUCAAAAAAGUAUGGACAUGAUGAAUGAACUCCUUCCACUCGUUUCCAAUUCCAACAGUAGCAAUAUGGACAGUCAUACGAAAAAGAAACCUCUCAAAUCCAAAGAAAAAACAUCUCUCAGUUUAAUACCAUCUGCUUUUGAGACAUUUCAACGAUAUGCCAAAUUAUGUUCAUUCCUCAUCUAUGCUCAGUAUGAUCACACCACAGACACACAAGAUACUUCCGUGUCGAGAGUUUUGGAACGUGUGGUGGGAGGAACGGCCACUGCAAUCAAAUCUGGGAAGGUCGUUCGUGGUGUAGAGCUUAUUUCAUGUCUUUUGGGCUCACAGGUGGAACAGUUGUUGCAACAUUCAUCCUCUUCCUCUAGUAUGGGUGGAUAUCGACUGACAGGAACUUCGAAAGGAGAAUUUGAACGGUAUCAAGUCGAUCUUCGAGAGUUGGUCAAAUUGGUGCAUUAA